AUGCGGGCAUCAUGCUCGAUUUCUCCAUCUCCCUUUGCGCCAUAUCUUCUAGCAUCUGUCCUGGGCCAUACCGAAGCUCAUAACCUCUCGCAAUCUCUUCUACGCUCUCGCUUUGCUGUGCCGACUGGAUUGCGCAACUUUUCAGCGUGUGCGAAGCUGUCGGCCAGGAACCGCUUCGUUCCAAAACCAACACCUGCAGUACAGAAGCCCAGUCCCGCUGCUCGACAAGAUGGUCAGAGAAACACACGCAAACGUAAAGAACUUCCUACAUGGCGAGACUACGAUCCGGAGAUUGGUAUCCCUCUACCAUCUGGAGAACUCGAUCAAGCCACAAUCACGGACAUAUUCGGACCAGACAUGCACGUUGAAGAUGGCAACCAUAUCCUGCGAUUGAUGCACUAUCGCAGACUCUCUGGUAGUCUUAUUGACAUUGGUGUCGACUUCCCCAAGGAGACGGAAAUCACCCAUCAAAUGGCUACCAAGGCUUUGGAAUACAUCAGAGCUCAGGACCCAGCAUUUGAUGAGAACGAGGCUGGUGCUGCUUGGGCGGAGUCGGAAAUCAUGCGAAUGGAGCAACAGUAUAUGGCUCGCGCCGAGAGACUUGGUAUCUAUAAGCCUGUGGAUGGCGAGAAGACGGACGAACCGCAACCGACGGCAAGCUCUUCUGACAUAUACGGGGAGAGCGCUUUGGAUAGACUGAGAAAGGCGAACAAAGCAAGAUGGAUGGAGGAAGAUCGAAAGAAGGAGGAGGAGAAGAAGCAAAAGGAGGACGAACGAGUUGCAGCUCUCAAGGCCCAAGCAAAGGAUGGAAGUCCUACUGUUGAAUCAAAGGACGAGCCGGGCAAGAUAUUCAGUCCGUUCGAUGAGAUUGCUCUUGCGGAACCCGCACAAAAGGCAUGGCUGGAACCUGUCGAGCGCAAACCCUGGGUCAAGUACUACGAAGAGCAGGCGACCAUCAUCAAGGACAACAAAAUCCCUAAUCUGUCCAACCUUCGCAGACUGGGUCCAUCUGCUCUAGUACUCAUCGCAGUUCUAGGUGGCUGCUGGAUGUUGAACGAAACGUACACUCCUCCACCUCGAUCAGCUAGAAUGUUCCCUGACGUACCGCCUGCCAUUGCUACACUUGGAGCCAUUACGGCCAUCAACUUUGCUGUCUUUGUCGCCUGGAGAAUCCCGCCUCUGUGGAGAACCAUGAACAAGACUUUUCAGGUCACUGCAGCAUAUCCGUUCGCCAUUGGAACUCUUGGUGCACAAUUUAGCCACCAAAGCUUCCGUCAUUUGUUCAUGAAUACGAUCAUGCUGUGGCCAUUCGGCUGGAUACUGCAUGAUGAUGUAGGAAGAGGCACUUUCCUAGCCACUUACCUUGCCUGUGGUACUAUGGGAACAUACGGCUCCUUGGCUUUCAAUGUGCUUGCGAAGCGCUGGAUGAACUACAGCUUCGGAUCAUCUACUGCCGUCAUUGGUACCAUGGCUGCGGCCUGCCUGGUCAGAGCAAACAAUAACGUGACAGUGCUCGGCUACGAGAUCCCGGAUGUAACCGGCCUGACAGUGCUCGGUAUGAUUGCUGGACUUGAGAUUCUCAGAGCCUGGCGGGGCAAAAACACCAGGACUGACUACCCUGGCCAUCUCUCUGGUCUUGCAGCUGGUAUAUUCGCGGGUUUCUAUAUCCGCUACCAGGCUGCUGCUAACCAGAUGACUCGUAAAGAGUCCACACCAUUACAAUCCGAAAAGUCUACUGACUAG